UGUUGUCUUCAGCCAAGUCCUGGGUUAUAAUCUAAUUUCCACGUAGAAAGCAUGUAGAGUAAUGUAAGGAAACAGAAGUUAUGCAGUAUACCUGCAGAGCUGCCUUGUGUUCAACAGCCGUUGUUCUCCUAUCUAUCCUCCCCGCACAACAGCAGCAAAAAUGGCAUCUGGCGUGACGGUCGAUGAUGAAGUCAAAAUAGUGUUUGAAAAGAUCAGGACGCGUCAUUCGGGAGACAUUGCAGAGGAACAGCUCAAACUAGUGCUGUUUCGGAUCAGCGACAAUGAAAAGUCCAUCAUUGUGGAUGAGAAAGGCACCCUGCAAGUGAAAGAUCUGGAAGGAGAGGAAAACGUCUUCAGUAAGAUUGUCAGCCAGCUUCCCGUGGACACCUGUCGCUAUGCCCUCUACGACUGCUCCUAUGAGACUAAGGAUAGUGUUAAGGAGGACCUGGUUUUCAUCAUGUGGGCUCCUGAUACAUCUCCCAUCAAAGCCAAACUUCUCUAUGCCAGCUCAAAGCAAGCCCUCAGACAAAUCUUCCGUGGGAUCAAGUUUGAGUGGCAGGUGAACGACCUCGGAGACGCCAAAGACGCCUCAGUUUUCAUUGACAAAUUAGGAGGGAGAGGCCUUGUUAAGAAACUGGAGGGAAAGGAAAUAUAAUGUGCUUCAGGGGUGUCAUUCUUUCCUCUAAUGCAUUAUCUGGCUGCCUGUGUGUCCAAUCAGACUGUUUACCAGUGUAAUGUACCUCAGUGAACAGCACAGUGGUACUACAUUGUAACAGUAUGGACUUUCCCGAUCCAUACGUGCCAAAUUCCACUUGUAUUCCAUCACAUCUAAAAGUCUGCUCUGUAACCACUUUUUGUUGUUGUUGCUGGAAUCCCAGAUUCCUUCUUUGGUUUUCUUUAAGUAUGUAGACUCCGUAUGUCUAGACCAACUAUGUUCUUAAGAUCUUAGUGCACCAUUGUUACAAGCUGUGCCUAAGAUUCCCUCCAUCACCCGCUUCUUGCCAGAGCAGACUCCUUCAGUAUUCUACCAUCUAAAACCAUGAAAAUACAACUAUUAUUCUUCUACGUUAUAGAUUAUUCCCAUGUUGUAAGAAUGUUCAAAACAUGAGUGUUUGUUACCAUAAUUCACCCCAAAAAAGCACUGUCCAGUCAACAAUAAAGCAUCAUAUGAGCUUCA